CAUGACAUAUUUCAGUCCAGGACUGGAUCUCAGUACAUUAUUGCCCACUCUCCAUCAAAGCUGCCCAGAGCCACUUGCCUCCAGGCCUCCUUCUGCCAUUAUUCUGACCCUAGGUCAUACUCACACCACCCAAACCAUGGUUCUACUCUUUUUCAUGAUACUUGGCACUGGACUUGGCUUGUCAGAGCUCUCUCAUGGCGUGCGCCUAGUGGGAGGCCCUAACCGUUGUGAAGGUCGGGUGGAGUUGUGGAAGAAUGGGCAAUGGGGCACUUUAUGUGAUGACUACUGGACGAACAAAAUAAUGGCUAUAGUAUGCCGGGAGCUGGAAUGUGGACCAGCUGUGGCAGGACCAGAUGUGCCAUUACCAGCUGGCAAAAUCUAUUCACCAAAACCCCAGAAAGACCAGCCUAUUUGGAACCUGAAAUGCCAAGGGACAGAAGAGACACUGGUAGAAUGUGAAGAAGAUAUGUCCAUAGAAUGCAGUGAUCAUGAUGAAGAUGCAGGGGCAAUCUGUGAAGAAAUUCUAAAUUUCGAUGAUUUUCAUCUGGUUGGUGGUCCUAGUCCCUGCACUGGCCGAGUGGAGGUGAAAUAUGCUGGGAAGUGGGAUACUGUGUGCAAUGCAGGCUGGACCUUCCAGGACGCCAAGGUGCUGUGUCGGGAGCUAGGCUGUGGAAGACCCUUUCUGACGACGGGUUCUUGUAGCAAGGAUCAACAGGGCACAGGGGACAUCUGGCCAGGCCAAGUGGAAUGCCAAGGGUCAGAAGCAUCCCUGAGUAACUGUCCAGUUGUACGAAUGGAGACGAAUAACUGUUCUCAUAAGGAUGAUACCUGGGUCCACUGUGAAGAACGCUUUGCCUUGAGGCUGGUGGAUGGAAAACACAAUUGUUCAGGUCGCCUGGAGGUGCUCCACAAAGGCAUCUGGGGCUCUGUUUGCAAUGAUGGCUGGGGGGAAAAGGAGGAUCAGGUGGUUUGCCAGGAGAUGAACUGUGGCAAGGCUGUCUUCCAGAAGCCCCGAGAUAGGGUGCGUUUUGGCCAUGGGAAAGGCCACAUCUGGUUGGAUGACGUCCGCUGCAAGGGCAAGGAGACAUCUUUGGAACAAUGUAAACACCGUUUCUGGGGCUACCAUGACUGCACCCACCGGGAGGAUGUGUCUGUAAUCUGUUCUGAAAAAUAACAGGACCCUUCUUUGGAACCUACAGCUGGCCCAAUCCCAGGAAUGUCUCCUGCCAGGCUCGUGGAUUUCGUCUCUCUCAUGGCUUCUGAUGGACCAGAAGGCUUUAUCUGCUUCUCCUCCACUCCUACCAAGGAGUGUUUCAGCCUGGGCCAUAUAAUCUGCUACUGUGAAAUUAACCCUUUCAUUUCUUCCUGAAGUCAUAAUGUGUGAAGACAGAGGAAGGACAAACCUUCCGGGGAGCCGAGUUCCUGACGUUUCUGGGCUCCCCAUCUGACUGCAGACCCUUGGCAUGGACUCUCUAACUUUCCUUCUCUCUUUUUAACCCACCUGGGAUCCUCUCGUUCUGCCUCCCUGGGACUUUUCCCUGCCAAGUUGUCAGAACAAGACUUGUACGUGUGAAUUAAUAAAAGCAUCAAAGGAAA